UAUGUGGCUGCUCUCGGUUCUGUUCCUUCCCAUCGUCCAAGGCUCAUCUGUCCUCAAAGCAGUGUCCAAUGCAGUGAGUGGCCCAGUGCGGGGCUCCCUGACCGUGCAGUGUCGCUAUGGACCCGGGUGGGAGACCUACAGUAAAUGGUGGUGUCAAGGAGCCGAGUGGAAAAACUGCCAUAUCCUCGUUCAAACCGAUGGAUCAGAGCAGGAAGCGAAGGGUCACCAUGUGUCCAUCAAGGACAAUCAGACAUUGCACACGUUCACCGUGACCAUGGAGGAGCUCAGGUGGAACGAUGCAGACACUUACUGGUGUGGGAUUGAGAGAUCUGGAACUGACCUUGGGGUCGAAGUUAAAGUGACCAUUGACCCAGCCACCGUACAGUGUCACUAUGGCCCAGGGUGGGAGACCUACGUGAAGUCAUGGUGUCCGGAUGCUGAUUUGAAUAGCUGCACCAUCCUUGUUCAAACCACUGGAUCGGAGUUGAAGAACAACCGGCUGUCCAUCAAUCAGAAAAAGCACACAUUCUCCAUGACCAUUUGGGGCGAGUAAAACAACUUUUGAGAGCAA